GACAUGAAGCGAAAAGCACAGUGAUGGAAUUGUUGCCGCACUGGGCACCCUUUUUUGCAUGACAAUAUUAUGACAGUUCGCACACACCUAACCUCAACACGAGCAAACACAGAAAAGAAACCGCUAAUCUCGUACGCUUGUGUUGUAAACAAAUCGCCGACACGACUCGCUGCUAGUUGCACCCGUUCCUGUUUCGUCGCACUAAUACACGGUGUAUUGCCCACUCGGAAAUCAUGUCGGAAAAGAAAUCUGCACCAUCCGGUAACUCCACUGGUGGUGGUGGUGGUGGCGGCGGCGGAGGCGACAAUAAAGAAAAACGGCGAAAGGAAUCCAUUCUCGACCUGAGCAAAUACCUGGAGAAAACGAUCCGGGUCAAGUUUUCGGGCGGUCGGGAAGCGGCCGGCGUGCUGAAAGGUUACGAUCCACUGCUGAACCUGGUGCUGGACAAUACGAUAGAGUUUCUGCGCGAUCCGGACGAUUACAAGCUGGCGGACGAUACACGGCACCUCGGUUUAGUCGUGUGCCGUGGCACAUCGGUGGUGCUAAUCUGUCCGCAGGACGGUAUGGAAUCGAUACAGAACCCUUUCAUCGCGCAGGAAGGCUAGCGUGGACGGGCAACCGUGCUGUGAGGCGUAUCAACAACAGGUUUUCAUUUUUCGCAGCUUUUGUUUGUUUUGCCCUUUACACUCGUGCCCGGAGUAAAGUUAUACCCUAUUAUUCGUUACACCUGAUUCCUUCUCAACUUUUGUUUCCCAUUUUCAUUAAUUUUCUCUAUUACUCAUGCUCAUGUUUAUCAGUUAACCAUACUCCCCCCGCCAAGCUCACAGCGGUGGAAGAAAAUGAUCCUGGCGACGACAGGAACAGGAGAAGAAACAGACUCGUUUACGGCAGAUCGGUAAAUCGAUCGAAUUUAUUAACUUAGCCUUAAGUAACCUUACUUAAAACAUUCUUCUGCUAGGAAGUCGUGCGCGCGUUCCCGUCACACCAGCACAGGGAGCAACAGUAGUAGUUGUAGCAGUAGCGACUUCCACCGCUGGGCUUACCAAUAGUUGUUAAAAUUUGUAACGCAAAUGAAGUUGAAAGGGGGCAUCGCAGAGUAGCCGGAAAGUACUACCGAACACACAAACUAAAUUCUACUCGGUGUUGAGCUAUUAUGCUUGUAAAUAAAUUCCAAACAACGCAAAUCACGCUA